AUGGGUUCUGGUUGGGUGAGCUGCAUGCUGGUUCCACUAGUAAGUCUGAUCAGGCUGGAGUCCUCCACAACAGAAGGCAGAGACUCUCCAGAAGAUUUUGUGAUUCAGGCAAAGGCUGAUUGUUACUUCACGAAUGGGACGGAAAAGGUGCAAUUUGUGGUCAGAUUCAUCUUCAACUUGGAGGAGUAUGUACGAUUCGACAGUGAUGUGGGGAUGUUUGUGGCAUUGACGGAGCUGGGGAAGCCCGAUGCUGAGCACUGGAAUAAUCGGCCAGACAUACUGGAGACAAGCAGGGCAUCCGUGGACAUGGUCUGCAGACACAACUACAGGCUGGGGGCUCCCUUCACCCUGGGGAGGAGAGUGCAACCAGAGGUGACAGUGUACCCAGAGAGGACCCCAUUCCUGCAGCAGCACAACCUGCUUCUCUGCUCGGUGACAGGCUUCUAUCCAGGGGACAUAAAGAUCAGGUGGUUCCGAAAUGGACAGGAGAACAGAGCUGGGGUUGUGUCCAGUGGCCUUAUUAGGAAUGGAGACUGGACAUUUCAGACAGUGGUGAUGCUGGAGAUGACCCCUGAACUUGGAGAUGUCUACAGCUGCCGGGUGGAGCACCCCAGCCUGCUGAGCCCGGUUUCUGUGGAGUGGAGAGCUCAGUCUGAAUAUUCUUGGGGAAAGAUGCUAAGUGGAGUUGCAGCCUUCCUACUUGGGUUAAUCUUCCUUCUGGUGGGAAUUUUCAUCCACAUCAGGGCUUGGAAAGGAUCUGUGGAGACUCACUCUGGUAAUGAGGUCUCAGGAGCUGUUUGCCCAGUACAAGCACACUAAAGUCCUAACUGAAGCUCUUCCCUGGAUCCUGAAGCAGUGCUCAGUGGCCUGGGCCCUGGGUUAGGUAAAGGACACUCAAGAGAUUACUGUUCUGGGAAUGAGCCUUCUCCAUCCCGCUUGGAGUCCUGAACUCAUUCUAGAGUGUGUGCUUUGAGGUCAUGCAUCUCUACCUUUCUGCCUUUCUGCCUCUACUGGGUACUUCAUGAGUUGCCAUUUCCAAACACACUGUCCAGAAAUUUCCUUAACUCUUAACUCCUUUCACUUCCAAACCGUUUACUUUUCAUAGCCAGACCUAACCCUCUGAGUCAUGAUUCCCAAACCUUUUUCUCUUCCAACUGCAGUCUCCACAGUCUUUAGAAGACAAAUGCCCAUAUAUCACUAUUUUCCUUUUCACUGCUUUAAAAAUAUUUUUAUUAUAAAGCAAAACAGAUACGGACAACCACAUAAAGUGUAUAAUUAAUGGAUUAUUUAAAGAAAAACCCCCAUAAUGACCACUCAAAUCAAGAAACAGAAUUUUGCCAGCCCUGCAGAAAUCCUCGUGUGCCUGAACCCAGUUAAAUCCUUCCCUCCUAUGAAAUUAAACAUAAACUAUGUUUACUAGAGCCUUUCUCUUGUAGUUACUUAGUGCUAAUUCACCCAAAUGUGACUCUUGGACACCACACUUCAUUUUCUGUUUCCUCUCGGACCUCACAAGUUCUCCCUCCACCCUUCUUUUCCUCAAGAGCAAUCUGCUGGCUUGAGCAGCUUAAGCUGAAGUGUUUCCUACACUCGGCUGUGUUGACUGCGUGCACACGCCGCAGGCUAGCGCACCCCUUUGCCCUCCCACUUCCUGAAAAUCAGCAUUGGCCACAGAGGCUGGAUCACACCUUGGUUUGAUCUGCUUGGAAGUCCAUAGCGACUUGCCUGGUCUUUCCUCAGAAGGUGUGUUAUGUCCUCGUUCUCUUGUUGUGGUGUUAGAACAUGUGAUGGUGAUCACCUAGGUCUGUGAAUUUGUUGCGGAUUGGAAAAUGAUGAGAUUUCAAUUCUAUAAUUCCUUCAUUGUUUAUUUAUUGUAUUUUAUUUGUUCCUUUCACUGUUAUUUGUCCUGAAGGUACAAAAUCUAUAGUGGCUAAAAUUGUUGGUGCCUUAGCACAAAUUGAAGCAAUAAUACCAAACUGUACAGGUAGUCAAUUAUAUUGUUCACUGCUGUGGACUUACAGGAAAAAAAUGCCCGGUGCCACAGAGCUAAAUCCCUGGCCAAGCCUCUUUUUUCAAAUGGAUCUUCGCCUUUCCUGAAAGAAGGUCUGACAGACCCAUUGUGGUUAUUUAGACUUGGGUAUUUGGUAGACAUUUCUUCAAAAACCAAGUAAAUCUAUCAUUUUAAGGAAAGUGAUAUUGACAAGAAAAUUAUAUUUUAAAGAGAAAAUUAAAAAAUUGAAAAACUUGGGCUGGGGAUUUAGCUCAGUGGAACUACACCUGCCUCUUAGGCUCAAGGUCCUGAGUUUGAUUCCCCCCCAAAAUUGAAAAACUUGCCACCAUUUCCCGUUAUCUAAAGAUUUCUCUGAAGCGAUGGGUGCUGAUCACAGCAAGCGAGGUUUAGUAAGAUGGCUUAAUGAACCGUGUCCGUCUGUAAAGGUCUGCCGAACUCUGUGUACCAAUGCUUUCUGAAUGACCAAUGUGUGAAACCGCAAAAUCAAUAUCAAGAGAGAUCCACUCGGAGGGCAAGUUAGACCAGUGAAUUUUAAUGUAACAUAAUAUGAAAAAGUUCCUUGAUAAAGUUUCAUAUUCCAUGUUGCAACUAACUUUUAAAAAUUCAUUAUUUCUUGAGUUUUAUUAGUGUCUUAACAGAGAAGAAAAGCCAAAAAGACUAUUAAACUUUUCAUCUUCUUUCCAAUUACAUAUUUGAAUGCAGCCAGAUUUUCAUGUACUUCAACCAAAACAGCAUAUUGUUACAGAUUGAACCGAGUAGAAUAUGUAACCAAACUAUCUUUAUUAAGCCAGACAUUACAGAGAUUUUUAGAAAUGCCAAACAAUUCCUUCUCUUUCACUAUUCUGUGCUGAAAACAGUUAUUUUUCCAGAAAAAUAUGUUAUUUGCAUUGCUAGAUAAUAGAUUUAUUUCUGUCACUUAAAGAUAGACAAAUAUUAAUGUUACUUGAUAUAACCCAUGUGGAGUUAGUUUUUAAAAAAUAAUUUAAUUGACAUAAAAUUGUACAUAUGUUAUGAGAUACUGUGUGAUGUUUUUAUACACGUAUACACUGUAAUGUGCAAAUCAGGGCAAGCAUAGUAUUUCCUCAAACAUUUAUUAUUUCUUUAUGGUGAAAUAUUGAAAUCCUUUCCUUCAGCUUUUUGGAGUAUAUAGUCCCAGUGGCAUUAUCUGCAGUAACCCUCCUAUGCAACAGAAUACCAGAACUUACUUCUGUCAUGUAACUACAACUUAGUGCCUAUUGGCUGAAAUUUCCCAUCCUUUCCACCCACUUCUCUCCCCAGCUUCUGCUGAUCACCAUUUUCCUUUUAGCUUCGAUGAGAUCAACACUAUUUAGGUUCCAAAGAUGAAUGAGAUCAUGUGGUAUUUGGCUUUCUAUGCCUGACUUAUUGUCACUUAUUUCUGUGCUUGGUUUGAUGAUCAAAAGUUCAAUCAGUAUUGUAACAAAUGAUAUGAUUUCAUCCUUUUUUAAUGGCUGAAUUAUUUUGUAUUGUAUACUAGGGUUCUUUAAGGGUCUCAAUUUUGAAAGUAUUUCUCUUUAUGUAUCAACAAGUUUAUAAACUAAUGACAUAGUCA